GGGGGUCCGGCCGGGAGCCCAGUAAGACCGGAGCCCCGCGGGCUGCACGCGGAAACCUUGGAAAAUGUACACAAGUCAUGAAGAUAUUGGGUAUGAUUUUGAAGAUGACUCUAAGAACAAGAAGACACUGAAAACCCACCCAGACAUUGAUGGCGGGUGGGCCUGGAUGAUGGUCCUUGCCUCUUUCUUUGUGCAUAUCCUUGUCAUGGGCUCUCAGAUGGCCUUGGGCGUCCUCAACAUGGAGUGGCUGGAGGAAUUUCAUCAGAGCCGCGGGCUCACGGCCUGGGUGAGCUCCCUCAGCAUGGGCAUCACCCUCAUUGUGGGACCUUUCAUUGGCUUGUUCAUUAGCACCUGUGGCUGCCGCCGCACAGCCAUCAUCGGAGGCCUGGUGAAUUCCCUGGGCUGGGUGCUGAGCGCCUACGCAGCCAGCGUGCACUAUCUCUUUGUUACCUUUGGAGUGGCAGCGGGCCUGGGCAGCGGCAUGGUCUACUUGCCCGCCGUGGUCAUGGUGGGCCGGUACUUUCAGAAGCGCCGUGCCCUGGCCCAGGGCCUCAGCACCACGGGAACAGGCUUUGGGACUUUCCUGAUGACACUUCUACUCAAGUACUUGUGCGCCGAGUAUGGCUGGCGAAAUGCCAUGUUCAUCCAAGGAGCCGUCUCCCUGAAUCUCUGCGUUUGCGGGGCGCUCAUGAGGCCACUCUCGGCUGGGAGAGGGGAAAACACUUCCAGAGCCAGAGAGAAAAAGGUGCUCCCAGCUACCUCUGUUCAAUCAGUCCAGGCCCCUCAUGGACCUCAGUCUGGAGCAGAUGAAAAGGAGGAAGAGGAUAUCCCUGGGAUCGAAGAGGUCCCUGUGGGCCAGGAGCAGGCUGAACCCCAAAAGAAUAUGUUCACCUUCGGGGUAUUGAAGUCCCUGAGCCAGCUGACCCUGCAGAUCAGGAAGGGCUUUCGGGACUGGCACUCGGGCUACUUUGGCACCACUUCUCUCUUCACCAAUCGCGUGUUUGUGGCCUUCGUCUUCUGGGCUCUGUUCGCUUAUAGCAGUUUUGUCAUCCCCUUCAUCCACCUGCCUGAGGUCGUCAACUUGUACCACCUGUCAGAGCAGAACGAUGCAUUUCCACUGACGUCCAUCAUCGCCAUCGUCCACAUUUUCGGGAAGGUCAUCUUGGGCCUCGUGGCCGACCUGCCCUACAUCAGCGCCUGGAACGUCUUCCUGCUGGCCAACCUCACCCUGGUCCUCAGCAUCUUCAUGCUGCCACUCAUGCACACCUAUGCUGGCCUGGCUGUCAUCUGUGCACUCAUCGGCUUCUCCAGCGGUUACUUCUCCCUCAUGCCUGUGGUCACCGAAGAUCUGGUGGGUAUCGAGCACCUGGCCAGUGCUUACGGCAUCAUCAUCUGCGCCAAUGGCAUCUCAGCCUUGCUGGGGCCGCCUUUUGCAGGGUGGAUUUAUGACAUCACACAAAAAUACGAUUUCUCUUUCUACAUAUGUGGUUUACUGUACCUGGUAGGAAUACUCUUUUUACUCAUUCAGCAUGCAUUCAAAUUCUCACAAAACAAUCCAGAAAAAAUACUGGAUGGUAUCCACAUCUAA